AUGAAAAAAUUAUCAGAAAUAAAUAGUAAUAGUAAAACGAAUAAAUUUGAAGAAGUCGAUAAACAAAAUAUGUCACAUCAAUGUGAAUGUACACGAGAACGUCGAAAUGCUUUAGCUGAUGCAUCAACAGUGUGGAAAAAUGCUAAUAUAUAUUGUCCAAAGCAUUAUUAUAAUCAAUUAGCUGAACGUGUUCGAGAACUUGAAAAAGAAAUUGUACCUGAUGUACAUUAUUAUCAAAUACCACCAUCUUAUUCACCAUUCUCAGCUGUAACACCAUGUUCAAAUGUUAGUGGACUUGGUAUUUCAAAUUAUCCAUAUUCAUUAAAUUUUCCACUUAAUUUGGUUUCACCGAAUUCAUCUGUACCAACACAACCAUUUGGUUUAUCUUCAAAAAUUCUUGAACGUGCUCAUGAAAUUCCUGAACGAUUUUGGAUUGAUUGGCAAGAAAGACAAAUGCAAAAUCGAAUAGAAGAACUUGAAUAUAUUAAAAAUAAAUUAACCAGUCCAAAUAAAGUUGAUUCAACAACAACAAUAAACCAACAAAAAAAUCAUUUAUUAAUUCAUGAUGUACAACACAAUAUUAGUCCUCCCCAUUCAGCACCUUUUGAUACACUAAUCUCAACGAAUGUUAAUAAUAAUACAUCUUCAUCAAAUUCUAACAAUCAUUGUUCAUUUGAUUUUGAUCAACGAUCAAUAGAUACAGUCAAUAGAAAUAAUCUACAAGAUUCGACUACAUCUUCACCUCUAAAAUCAAUAACUUCUAGUCCUAGUCUACGAAAAUCUCAAUCAACACUUGAUCGUUCUCGUUUAACUAUAUUCUUACCAUAUUCGUUUACAAAUAUGCCAGAACAAAUAAUGUCUACUAAUAAUCAUUGUCAAUUGUUAACUAAAUCAAUAUCAGAAAAAUCAAUCGAUACAAAAGAUAAUUUAAUUCAAACAAUGUCAUCUGCUAGUAGUGUUGAAGAUAUAGCACGAAUAGAUACUGAAGUUAAGCUUACAUUACUUCUACGAGAAAACCAAGAUCAAACAAAUCCAUUAUUAUUUUCAAAAGUUAUUAUUAAUCGUACUAUUGAAUUUCAAUCAUUAUCAUCGAAAAAAGAACCAUCAAUAUAUCAAAGAAAAAACAUCAAUUAA